AUGUUGAAAAAGGAGCUAUCGAAGAGGCAUAUUUUUGGAAAGGUUGCAGCAUAUACGUAUAUUAUUGAAUUCCAAAAACGAGGCCUUCCACACGCUCAUUUUCUUAUCAUUCUUAAACAAGGAAGCAAGAUGUACUCCCCUCAAGCAUAUGAUCGAAUUGUGUGUGCUGAACUUCCUAAUUGUCAUCAUCAGCCAUAUUUACAUAGUCUUGUCGUGAAGCAUAUGAUGCAUGGACCAUGUGGAGUAAUGAAUCCAAAAUGUCCAUGUAUGAGAAAAAAUAUAGGUUGCAAGGACAAGUAUCCGAAAGAAUUCAAUGAAUCCACACGUCACAGUAGCAACUCAUAUCCUAUAUACAAACGUUCCGACGACAAGAAAACAGUCAAAGUUCGUGGUCAUCAUCUAGAUAACAGGUGGGUAGUCCCCUAUAAUCCUUAUCUAUUAUCAAAGUUUAACUGUCAUCUUAAUGUAGAAGUUUGCUCAACUGUUCGAGCUGUAAAGUAUAUUUACAAAUAUAUAUAUAAAGGUCAUGACAAAAUCUUGUAUCAGCUCAAUAAAACUCAGGUUGAUCACUCAUUUGAUGAAAUUAAAAGCUUUGUAGCUGCUAGAUGGAUAUCUGCUCCUGAAGCUAUGUGGCGCAUAUUUGCAUUUGAUCUGAAUGAAAUACAUCCAUCAGUGACUUUGCUUCAAGUACAUCUUGAAAAUAAACACCCUUUAGCAUUUCCUGAAAAUAGGCCACUUGAAAGUCUAUUGCAAAAUCCUACUUCUUCAACAACAAUGUUAACCGAAUUUUUUGCAAUGAACAGGCAGGAUGAUCAUGCAAAGUCUUUAAACUGUUUGUAUGCAGAAUUUCCAGAACAUUUCGUUUGGAACAGGACAACGAAGCAAUGGGAUCAUCGAAAAAACAAACAAGUUAUUGGCAGGUUAGCUCCUACUCACCCAUCUAAGGGAGAACGCUACUAUUUACGCAUGUUAUUAAUGCAUAUCCGGAAACCAACCUCUUUCCAUGCAUUGAAAACAAUCGAUGGGAUUACAUAUGCUACAUUUCAACAAGCAGCAGAUAAACUUGGUUUGCUACAAUCAGAUGACGCUGCUGAAUUGUGCCUUCAGGAAGCCACUCUAUAUCAAAUGCCAUCUUCCUUAAGACAUCUAUUUGCUGCCCUUUUAGCUUACUGCACACCUACAAAUCCAGAAAAAAUAUGGCUCAAGUAUCAAGAUUCCUUGUCUGAGGAUAUUCAUCAAGAUAAAUCUAUUGACCAAGCUAAUGUUGAAAAGAUAGUCUUACAGAUUAUUCACAAUUACUUACAAUCUAUGGGAAAAUCCUUGAAAGAUUACGGAUUCAGCAGCUUUGUUCCGCAAAGAAAUAUCAAACAACUCAUCGCGAAAGAGAUAGAAAGUGAAAAGAGCAUUCCUGUCUUAGAUGUUGAUCUUGCUGCAUUGCAUCAGCUAAACGGUGACCAGAGAAUAGCCUACGACAGAAUUAUGAAUGCAGUAUUAAACAAAAAAUCAGAAGCUUUUUUUGUUGAUGGCCCUGGAGGUACCGGUAAGACUUUUCUAUACAAGACUCUGCUUGCAACAAUCAGAUCAAAAGGUUGGAUUGCCCUUGCUACUGCAACAUCUGGUGUGGCAGCAUCUAUCUUACCUGGAGGUCGAACUGCCCACUCCAGAUUUAAAAUUCCUUUAUACGAUGAUGAUGCUGCAACUUGCAAUGUUGGAAAACAAAGUGCCAUUGCACAUCUUAUUCAGAAUGCACGGUUGAUCAUUUGGGAAGAAGCUUCUAUGGCAAAGCGAAAAUCAAUUGAAAAAUUCAAUGAGAUGCUGCAGGAUCUGAUGCAAACAAAUUUAGCAUUUGGUGGAAAAAUUAUUGUCUUCGGUGGUGAUUUCCGUCAGACUCUACCAGUGGUGUCAAAAGGCCACAAGCAAGAUAUCAUCAAUGCAAGUUUUGUUAACUCUCCUCUUUGGCGACAACUGACAAAAUUAAGGCUUCAACAAAACAUGAGAGCACGCAAAGAUCCUGAUUUUUGCACAUUCCUUCUCAAUAUUGGCAAUGGAACUCAACAAAUCAACAGUUCUGGUGAGGUUGAUAUACCAGCAUCAAUGAACAUACCAUUCAUUGAUGAUGAUUCGUCGCUCGAAACACUUAUAAAUGUAGUUUUUCCUAGCAUGGAAAGCUUCAGUAUAAAUCCAGCUGCAGUUGUUAAUCGAGCAAUCUUGAUGACGCGUAAUGAUUUUGUUCAUGAGAUCAAUGACAGAUUGAUUGAAAAAUUUCCAGGGAAGAAAAAAACAUAUCUCAGUUUUGAUCAACCUAUUGAUUCUCGAGACCAAAGAGAUACUCAAGAUUUUCUGAAUUCAUUAACACCAAAAGGGAUGCCUCCGCACGAGCUCAAGCUGAAAAGGAAUUGUCCUAUAAUGCUGAUCAGAAACAUAAAUCCAACAGAAGGCUUAUCGAAUGGCACUUGA